AUGGCACCACUUCGCACACGUCAGAGUAUCUCGAAAGAUAAGUUCUCAGGAUACUUCGGGACCCUUCGAACCAUAGCGUACCACGAUCCUUCGUCUCGAGGAGUCGGUUCUCAUGGCAUCCGAUCUAUUGCAUGGAACCCGCUUGGAACCUUGAUAGCAACUGGUGCGGACCGAAUACUUCGAGUCUGGAACCCAGAACGACAGAAUGUGAAGUACUCCACAGAACUCAAAGGACAUACAGCUCCUAUCGAGAAAGUGGCGUUCAAUCCUGUCAAGGAUGCAGAAUUGUGUAGUGUCAGUAGCGACGGUGUUGUGAAAUUUUGGGAUGUCCGAACCAAAGCUGUAAUAAACGAGAUCAAGGGACUUGGCGAUGCGUUCACGCUCGCCUGGUGCCCUGAUGGAGAGAGUUUGGUAGUGGGCAAUAAGUCUGACAAUCUCUUCGUUCUGUCGCCCACUCAAUCCACCCCUAUCGCUUCUCACCAACAAUCUAUACAGACGAACCAGAUUACGUUUUGUCACAGCGGCAAAAAAAUAUUCGUAACAACUGGGGAAGGCAGAAUUAAGAUCCUUUCAUACCCAGCAUUUGAGCCAAUCUUCUACUCGAAGUCUGACCCCACUAACGCUUUCACUCUCAACGGCCAUACUUCAUCUUGUAUCUCUGUUGACAUACAGCCGACAGCACGAUUUCUUGCUACUGGAGGAUCUGAUUCAAUCAUUGCACUUUGGGACACCACAGAUUGGAUCUGUCAACGAACCCUGAUCGACAUGACCGGUCCUGUCAGGAACAUAUCCUUCAGUUUUGACGGAAGUUACAUUGUUGGUGGAAGCGAGGAAGGAUCUGGACUGGAGAUCGCACACACUGAGACUGGCGAGUAUGUUCACAGUAUCAAAACAGCAGGCUCUUGUCCAGCUGUAGCUUGGCAUCCGAGUAGAUACUGGCUGGCCUAUACGGAUCUCGGAAGUCUUCGGAUCAUUGGAGUUGAUCCUGAUAGAAAAUAG